UGCAAAAAAGGGGGGAGGGGGGAAGCAGGCAGGGAUGACGGAGGAAGAGAGACUCCUGUACAUGCAGCAGAGGGCCCAGGCAGAGGACGAGAUGGCCAAAAGGAAGGAGGACAUGCUAACUCAAUUCCUCAAGGUAUGUUCAAGAAUGUAAACCAAUGAAAAGUCACACAGCCCGAUGCAACUUGUUAAGCCUAUUCUAUUCUCAAAAUGUCCUUGCAUGACCUCUAAGUACCCCUCCCCGUCAUCUCUAACCAUAAUGCAACCAGGAUAAGCUGCAGAAGGAGGAGCGCAACAGUGCAGUGAACCUGCACAAGUUGACGCAGCAGUGGCGAGCAGUUCUCCGCCAGACACGGGCAGCUGAACUGCGCAGUGACAUUGCUGUGCUCAGCCAGACCUUUGAGAGGGUGCUGGACCGGAAGGACAGUGUCAUCAAGGUUAGGUAUUUAUUUAUUUCCACAAACAUCUGUGAUUUACUUCUUGUUGGACUGUGUGUGUGACACAGAAGGCUGCUGAGGGGAGGACGGCUCAUAAUAAUGGCUGGAAUGGAGUGGUAUCAAACAUAUGGAAACCAUGUGUUUGAUGUGUUCGAUACCAUUCCAUUAAUUCCGUUCCAGCCAUUUAGGUAUCACUGGCCGCCUGUGGUGUGACAGUCUAUAUCUCUUUCUCUCUGUGCUGUAGUGUUUGGUGUGUGACCUGAGUGAGGCGGAGCAGCAGUCAGCCCAGGCCCUGCGCUCUCACCUGCAGUGUGUGGACUGUCUGCUGGCCUUGCAGAAGGGUAGGCUGGCAUCCCUGGAGCAACAGUGGAACAGCAGCCUGGAGGGACUGAGCUACGAGUUCAAUUCUGAGAGGUGUGUGUAAAACCUUCUCUCUCACACACACACACACCAGUCCAGUUGUCUAAUAGACAGAGAGAGACACUAUACACAGUUCUGCACAACAAUUAAUAUAACUGAAUUAUGCUGCACUAAACUACUGAAUUGAAAAGCUUUUCUAACCUCGAUGCAAGUUUGAUAUUUACUAGAUAGUGAUGCUCUGUGUUGUAUGUGAAUUGAAAGGUGUGUGUGUUUGUGUGUGUCACAGGCGACCGGUGGCACCUUAAUUGGGGAGGACGGGCUCAUAGCUUCUUUAUUGAGGAAAAGUGUACUUACUGUGAUAUGUGGUUGUCUCACCUGGCUAUCUUAAGAUGAAUGCACUAACUAUAAGUCGCUCUGGAUAAGAGCAUCUGCUAAAUGACUUAAAUGUAAAUGUGUGUGUGUUUCCCAGGGAGCAGAUCCUGUCCCAGCACCAGCAGGAGUGUGCUUACCUGGAGGAUGUGACCUUUGCCAUGGAGCAGUUCUACAUGGAGGUGGACGUGGAGGCCCGCCAGGACUACCAGAGCACCAGAGACGACAUCAAGAACAGGGUAGGGGUCUGGCUCAGACAACCAGCAUCAGUUUUUUUUCCCUCUGGUGGGCCCCUUUAAUUUCCCCUCUCUCCAUCCUGAGAUCCUCACAAUUGGUCUAGGAUAAUCUCUCCUCUUUAGCAUGCUAGCAGAUACCCAUAGACUUCCAGUCAUUGGGCUAAUGCUAGUUAGCAUUGGCUCACGAAACUACCUCUAACUUCCUUCAUACUGGACACAGACAUAAAAAUGGUAUCCACGAGUUCAUCUGACUCUGGGGAAGUUGAUAAAGGGCCUCAUUGCCAAAAUCCCGAAGUAUCCCUUUAACCUUAGUCAUUAUGAACAACAGAACAAAACAAGCCUUGAACCAGCUGUUAGGGGAUAUUGUGUGAGCCGGCUUACAUGCCCUGUCUGUGAUCUGUGAUCUCCUUUCCCUCUCCCAUUAGAACAUAGAGGAGAAGCAUGCAUUGAGGAUCCAGUUAGAGGGGACGGUGGAGGGCCUGUGGCGUCAGUUCCAACAGGCCCUACGCAGCUACAACGAGGCCACAGAGGACCGUCAUGUAGCCUUUGAGUCGUUGAGGACCCGCGACCAGCGCAGCGCCCAGGAGAUUGACACGCAGAUGAGGAGGCUGCAGAAGAUGCAGGUCAGUGUUGGGCUACAGAGACUACUGUUCCUAUAGGGGCCAAUUCAGAUUUAGGAAAUAUGUCUUUUUAACAUGUUUUGAUUGAAGCACUUCUCAGUAUCUGGUAUUCAAACUUACUGUAUGCAGGUGCGCAAUAAACUCUUUGGGCGUGGCUCCUAUAUGCGCACUGAAUACAUUUAAUUAAACAGCUGAAAAACCUCCCACUUGUUGGCCAACAGAUUCUCAUGGAGUUUUCAUUUAAUAGGGUUUUCAGUACAUUUAUCAAAAGCCAUCCCGUUAAAUACGGUGUACCUUUUUUAAUUGUAAUUUUCUCAACAGACUCACUAGAAUAUAUCGAGAGAACGGGUUCCGAUUAUUAGGGAUCAAUGAAGAAAGUCAUCAAAAUAUAUUCAUCAUAUUAGUCUCCAUUUAGUAGAUUUAAAACUAUGUAGCUUAUUUAGGGUUAGGAAAGUAUAUAUGAAUCUACCUACUUAAUAAAUCAAUAAAACAGAUUUGGAGAGUCUUUAUGCACAAGAUAUAUUGGUGAAUAAAAAAUACAAAGGUUUGGUUCAUCCUGAAAGUUGCCAUAUUCAGUUGUUCAAUCCAUGAAAUAUUGGAAGGGGAGGAAAGUGUACAAUAGUGGUUGAACAACAGUCAUAUAAAUCUACCUUUAUCCUCACUGAUGAUGGAACUGUGAUGACAACAGUCCAGUUGUCGUGAACCGUGCUCCAGGUUUAAACUGCCACAUUGUGUCUGCGUUCCACAAUUACUCAAAUAGGCUACAUGUCCCAAAUUAUUGGACAACUUGUAAUUAAAUAUUAUUCACUAUUGCUAGCGACCCUCCGCAACAACCACAUGGACAUGACAUUUACAAAGGUAAAAAAUAAAGGUAGGCAAAAUCAAACAAUGGAAUGGUACGAAAUGUAGGGUAGGCCUACUAACUGAAGGGAAUGAACCCUAAAUUGGCAGUUAAAUAUGUGUGGUUAUUACUUACGGUCGCUACCGAUAGAAAAUUAUAGGAAACAGGAAAAGUUGGGGAAUAUAAUUGAAACAUUCUAGAGCGCACAAAGGUUAAAUUUGGCGCGACUGUCAUUCUGCUUGGCUUUGCAUCUCCAAGAUUCCUCCCUAACAGUUAUAAGGCCAUACGAGUUCAAUUAUGCAUAGCGGCACAGCAUUUCAUACUUCACUGUGGGAAAGGGGCAUAAAUACCUGUCAGGUUGAUAUGCUUUUCAGUUUGCAGCCAUAUUACAGAUUUCAAAUUUGUCCCUAGCGAUCAUAAGGUAAAAUAGAUCUAAAACAAUUGUCAUUUAUAUUUAAAAUCCCCUUAUCCAAACGGAUUACUCAUUUACCUAGCUAUUAUCAAUAGCGCUUAUCAAUUUAUAAAUUAAAGGUCAGAAUACACAUCGAGAGAAAAAAUUCAUAAAAAGGGAAUUAAGUUCCAUUUAUGGACACGUAACUCAAGUCUGAAUUCCCCCUAUAGAGAAUACAGGGUCAAGAGGACUACUCUGUGCAAGUCUACCAAAUGAAAAUAGAAUGCUUGUUUUGCUCAUCUCUGUGAAUAUAUUUUCUAUGUGAUUGUAUUAUUACCUUUAUUUGAAUAGAGUAUUCAUUCAUGCAUGCCCUCUGUGUAUGUCAGCAUGAGUGCUCGUUUCCCACUGUAUUUGUGUCUCCUCCCUCCCCAAGGACUCCAUCUCUGCUCUGCGCUCCAGGCUGAACUCCAGCCAGAGGGAGAGUGAGGGGGCAGCACGGGGCCUGAGGGUGGCGAGGGAGGAGGUGACCCUGCAGGCUCGCCAGCUCAAGACCCAGCUGAGCUGUGCCCGCGCAGCCGAGAGGAACCAGCUCACCAACCUCACCGUGCGCAGCAACGCCGCCGCCAAGAAAUUACAGGGCAUCAUCACUAAGGUGCUAACGUUUAUGCAUGUGGACACAUGCAGUUGCAAAGUGUGUAGUGCCUGUCUAGGCAUGCAGUAUGUACAUUAGUGUGUAUGUUUAGCAGCCAAACAUACACAUGCUUUGACUUACAUAUGCAUACAUAGACAGCAAAUAUGCUAUACAGUCACACUUAUGCAUGUGUACUGACUGACACUCACUUCUUAUGAAUUCUCACAUUUGCUCACUGACAUUUACACUCACACCCUGUCCUCAUUCUGUCCUGUGUGAUGUUGUGGAUCAGGGGGAGAGGCUGCUGCGUCUGGCUGAGAUGUGUCGUAAACUGGAGACAGAACAUGAGAAAGUCCUGCCCUUCUACACCUCCUCUCUCACUGCUGAGGAAGAGAGCCAGGAGAGAGCUAAUGCUAUGGAGCCUCCAUCUGAGGAGCUGGCACAGGUAUUUGUAGUUCUGUAUUAUACACACACUGUUCUGUUCUUUGACUCUCACUUAACUUCUCAUUUGUAACCCUGUGUGCUCAGGCCAUGCUGGACUAUUCGGUUCUGGAGAGGUUCUGGCAGCGUUAUAACAAGGUUCUGCUGGAGCGGCUGUGUCUGGAACAGGAGAGAGGAGCUCUGACCCGGGAGAACCAGCAACUGCGGGUCUUACUGCGCCAGUACCUGGACGGCAUCUCCGUUAGCGACGAAAUCCUCCGCCAUCGCAACCCCCUGCUGAUGGUGUCACGGCCCACCCUCGCCGUUCAACCCACUGCUGACGCCCAACGCAAGCGCCACACUGUCAUUGAGGCAGCACACAUUGUGCAGCGCACACUGUAGACACACAAAAUAACAGGCUCACAUCACACACACCAUCACUCCUAGAUGAACUUCAAAAGGUGUUCAAGUUGUACACUGACUAGGAGUAACUAUAACUUCAAACUGCCAGAAUGCACUCCUUCUGGCAGAACUCAAUUCCUUAUUCUAUUUUUGUGUACUUCUUUCUACCAGGUGUCUUACAAUAACUAUCAAAUAAAAAAGAGGAAUAUUCCAUCCGAUAAUAACAACUCUCCCUUAUUGUUUUUAC